AGCAGAGUAAAGAUUGUUUUGAUUUAUUACGUUUGAAAAGCGCAAAGCUUCAAGCCUUUGAAUAAUUACAAUGUCUCCUGGCUGUGCUCUACUUAUUUCAGAAGAGGUUUUAGAGUAUUUUCUGACCAGGUGAUUCUCCUUAUUAGUUUUUAUGCUACAGCAAAUAGAAUGCAUUUUAGAAGCAAAUUUAUAAGCAUUUCCUUGUUCAUUUUAUCUCAUGGAAUAGUAUUUCUAAAACUAGACAAACAGAUUUAAAAGAGAAAGCUGUUCCCUAGUGUUGUGUGUGCGUAUACUGUUCUGCAGACUCCCUUUGUAUUCAUUUUACUUUCAUAAGCUACAUAAACAAGAAGUAUCUUAUAAUUGAAACUAAUCAAUUCUCUUAGCCAAGCUAUGAUCAAAAUACAGAAUUGAGUAGCAGGCUAAGUAGCAUAUAUAAAUAUCAAAGCACAGGAACCAAAUACUUCCCAUAGCCAAAGAAUGGAAAAAACACACUUCAAUUAUUCCUCUUCUCUUCUUGUGAGAGUGAAUGGAAUAAUCAUUUUACCGAGAUGUUACAGUACAAACAAGGUGACAGCUCUUGUGAAGGAUGUGCUGGAAUGUUGCUUCGGUUCUUGGAUUCCAGUUGCUUUUCAGUAGGUCUGAAAAUAGGCAUUUAACUUCACUAACCCCUAGUAACAGCAGCUCUGCUUUGUGACAUCAUAGCCCCACAUCAUACAUUAAACAAUGCUGAAGAUUCUACAACAUCCAACUCAAGAGAAGCAGGGCAUCUCAGAUGGCCACCAUGGAAUAUAUAACAACAGGCUUCUGGCAUACGUGAUGCAGAGUCAACUUCAACUUAUGAAUCACUUGUUGCCUCUGGCACCAUGGAUGAUGCUGCAGUCCUUAAAAAGAGAGGCUACAUCGUGGGGGGAAAUUUAGGAGAAGGGUCUUAUGCUAAAGUGAAAUCUGCCUACUCUGAUCGACUGAAAUUUGAUGUAGCAGUAAAGAUCAUAGACCGGAAAAAAGCUCCUCGUGACUUCCUGGAAAGAUUUCUCCCCAGGGAAAUAGAGAUUUUAGCAAAAGUAAAUCACUGCUCCGUGGUCAAGACCUAUGAGAUUUUUGAGACAUCUGAUGGCAAAGUCUACAUCGUGAUGGAGCUGGGUACAAAAGGAGACUUACUGGAGUACAUCAAGAGCAAAGGGGCUUUGACUGAAGAUGUAGCUCGCAAGAUGUUUCGCCAGCUGUCUUCUGCCAUCAAGUACUGCCAUGAUUUGGAUAUUGUCCACAGGGACUUGAAAUGUGAGAAUCUCCUUCUAGACAAAGACUUUAAUAUCAAACUGUCAGACUUUGGCUUUUCCAGACGACUGACUCGAGAUGAAAAUGGCAAAGUUAUUCUCAGUAAAACCUUCUGUGGUUCUGCUGCGUAUGCAGCCCCUGAAGUGUUACAAGGCAUUCCCUAUCAGCCUAAGAUUUAUGACAUAUGGAGUUUGGGUGUCAUUUUGUAUAUAAUGGUCUGUGGAUCAAUGCCAUAUGAUGACUCAAACAUUAGAAAAAUGCUAAAGAUUCAGAAAGAACACAGAGUGCACUUUCCCAAGUCUAAAAACUUGACAGUUGAAUGCAAAGAUCUUAUUUACCGUAUGCUGCAGCCAGACGUGGCUCGGAGGUUGCACGUAGAUGAGAUUUUAAAUCAUAUUUGGAUGCAGACUCCAAAAUCCAGAGUUCCUUCAGCAACUUCAUUUGUAAAAGAGGGAGAGUGUUCUCAGAAUCUUGGCAAGUUGAAGUCAGAGCACAAACAGGAAAUAGAACCCCUGGGGGAAUCUAAGCCAGAUAGACCAGAUUACAAAACUGAGUCUAAAGCAGCGCCCAGAUUAGAGGCAGUACCAGAAGCAGAGGAUGCUGUUCCCGAGGAAGAACAAGCAGAAGUUAAUGACCUGACAGAUGAAAUGCAAAGAACAGGGACCACAAAUGGUGAUGACUAAAGAAUAGCCACCUGCAAGAGUCAUUUGCAUGUCUUCAGCGCAACUAAUGAAUAAGACUAUGGAGUUAGUUUUGAAAAACAAGAGCCCAGAACAGGAGAAAGUAAAGUCCAUUCAUAACAAGCAAGUAUUUUAUAGCAAUUCUAUUAAAUUUUCUUCUAACUUGGUAAUCAUGUUGCUGAAUUGAAGGGUUAAAUAAGGAGAUAGCUUUUCCAAGCCACCUAAUAGAUUUGUAUGCCCAAGUGACAUAAGGCCUAUGGAGUACUUUUACCAUAGCUGCCCCACUAUCGAAUGCUCAAAGAGCUGCAGUGAGUUAAGGUUUCUUUUGCGCAAUGUUUCAUCACAAUCUUAUGCCCCUUUCACAUUUGGGCAUUAAGAGAGUGGCAGCGAGCCCUCUCCAAGCCAGUGCUUAUAUGUGCAUAGAAAAGAAAUGAUCACUGUUUCCCUUCAUACUCCAGUGCCGCAGUUGUGCUGGAGUUACUGGGGGUGGCAAUUUCUCACCUCACUAAGCUUUACUAAAUAUUCAGUGCAGCAGCAUCACAACAGCAGGUUUGGCCAUUUUUUUUUCUCCAUUUUCUGAUGCAAAGAAAUGGAUUUUGCUAAACCAUGUCACAGUGUAAAUGGAGCACUGAUAUGCAAUUGAUUACAAGUGCGGAUAUGCUUACCCAUAGGGAAAAGGCAAACUGCACGACUAAGACCCCUCAAUUUGUCAUAUUCUAAUAACACAGAACACAGCAGAGGGGAUGUCCUCCCCUUACAAACCAUAACUCGGCCUGGAAACGUGCCUCCUGUUAGAAGUAACAACCGAGAUCCCUGUAACUUUAGAUUUGCCUCACUUCACUUCAACUUUGUAAAUUUGACAGCACUGUGUCUAGCUAAUCAAUGUCUCCUGUUUGUGAGAGACUCCGAGGCAGGUACUGGAUUAAUUCAUGGAGAUGGAGCAUUUUGAAAUGCGAUUGUAAAGCCAUAAAUUGGCUGGAGGGACUCAGGGGCAGCUGUAGAGUGCGAAACUACUUUGGAUUCUUUUCUACAAGCUGCCCAACCUUCAAGUGACCGUGUCCCACUGAACUGUACCAUUUUAUGAAACUUUCCAGUGUUACUUUAGCCAUUUAGGAAUAACCAGCCUUCACGUUCUUGGCAACUUGAGCAGGGAGGGAGAUCUGGAACAAUGUUAGCUUUUUCCUGGGCACUGCAUGGGGCAAAUCAGGUUCUGGUUAGCACCACACCUGAAAGGUCAACUGCUGAGUCCCCUUUCCACUGAAGGAGAGAUUGCAGGUAGCCCCAGUUAGGUUUCCAAAAGCCACACUGGACAUGGUGUUCACUGCUCUACUAGAAAAGGACCAUACUGCCCACUCCCACUGGGACAGCUUUGAAACCACACCAAUAAAAACUAAACUACUGCUUGAGUUAACACUAGUUUUUGCAUAUCCUGUAAAUAAUUCCCUACAGUUCUACACCAAUCCCUGCCCGGGGGAUGCUAUUACAAACAUUCAGCCACCUUUGAGAAAAACAUAGCGAUUGGUUAUAAUACUUGAGUGAGCUAAAUCUUUACAACAGUUUAGAAGCAGGGUUGGGGGAAGAGGGAAGUACCAGAUCCCUACUAGACCUCAGCAGCUACAAAACUGAUUAGGAGAAGGGCACAGCAAUGAGGUCCAGGACACACUCCCCCGACCCCCUCCCCAGCACAGACCCUACCUGGGGAGAAAGAGGAGAGUCCUGACAAUUACUGUGAGCAGCACUCCAUGGGCACUGGUUAUAGGCUCUAUCGAUUGUCAGGUGCUAGGUGUCAAAUCACCAUGAAGCACCACAGCCCUGUAGCUGCUGGAAGGGAGGAGUUUCCUCUUUUCCCUUUGCUGCAGUCUCCUGGCUGCUGCGAGCCACCGGGGGAGGUGUGUCUCCACUACUCCAUAUCCCUCCUCCAGGCUGCUGAAGGAGCCAGGGAGAAGGAGGGAUGAGAAGAGGUAUAGCUAGGGAACUUUCUAGGUCUUCCUUUCCCAUCAAUCACUCCAGCUCCCACUGCUGCUCCUCACAGCCUUCCCAAACCACCACCACCAGGGUGUUCCAAACAGCAGCAGCUGUGAAACUGACCCCCGUCUUCAUUUCAUUCAGCUGCUGCAGGGCAGCGCUAGGGGCAGCACUGGCGCCAUCUGCAGAGGGAAGAAGGUGAUGCAUUGCUUGUAUUUGGCAAUGCUCUCCUCACAACAGCUCACCAGAAAUAUUUAGCAAGUGAAAGCUCAUGUCUGCCAAAAUUAACAGUUUAUGCCCCACUCCCUCACCAGACAACAUUUCCAUUCACUAAAGCAGUUUUUUCUAACCCUGAAUUGCAACAUUACUAAAAAUAUUUGUCUGUAGCUUUUAGAAACAUCUCCCACUCCUACUUUCACUCUCUCCUCAAGCGAGCCAUGCUAAUGCAUCUGCUCAGCACUUGUUGCCAUUGUGGUUAUCCUCUGUCAGCCUGACUCUUUUGCUGCCAAGCAGAGCAAGGCAGAAAACGCAGCUCACUGAAGUGAAUGACUGGGGAACAGAGACGUUCAAGCUUGUAAGGCAAGUUCUGCUUUUAAGAGAGAGACAGACACACACAGAUUGGCCAUUAACAAAAAAAAUUGAAUUUUUAUACCUUAAAAAAUCCAAGGGAUCUCGCCAAUUCAAAUACGGCCUGAGCCAAUGGCCAAUGAAGUCAAUGAGAAGCUGACCACUGAAGUCAGUGGAAACUGGAUUAGGACCAUAUAGAGCUGUGUUGUGGCUCCCUAAACCACAUCAGAUGGUCAAGGUGGCAGCUCUAUUUGCAAUGAUUAUAUUUAAGACACACACAAAAAGAUGGAUGCAUUCCUUGUCAACAGAGGCAGGGCGUAGCACUUUCCUAGUGCACAUGAAACUACAAAGGCUGCUGACUUUCCACUCUGACCCCCACACAACACACACAAGGGCUCUGCACUUGAAAGGUGAUGCCACAGCAACAGUAAAUCUCACUGUCCCAGGCUGGCCUCUCUCCCAAAUGACUGCAUUCAAUGUCAGAGCCUUGUAAAAUGCCUAUGUGCUUCAGACCAAACAUUGAUGACUUGUUUUUUCUGCUUAGGUUCUAAGAUUUUCAAAGUUCUUUAUGACAUCUCCAACUUGCUGGGUAUUUCAGAUGCGCACUCACAUCCGUAUCUCCUGCUGUACUUCACUGCAGGGCAAAAAUACUCGCCACGUUUCUGGACUCUAUCCAGGAAGGCAGACUAAUAGAAAACGUGAGCACUGAAGGCUGCUCCCCUGUGUCCUCAAAGGACUAAUGCUCGCCAUGGGGCCUGUUCGACACUGAAGAGUGCAGUUUAAAUAGACGGAAAGAUAGAGGCUUUCUGAUAGUUUGGUUCUUUCUAUGUAGAAUUGGGAU